AUAGCGCGACGACGUUACUUCGCUUCGUGACUUCAUCACCCAACGAAACCAGGGUUUUUCCGUUAGGGUUUUGUUUUCGUUUCGCACUCUUCCAUUGUAAGAGAAGCUGCAAAUAUCGCGUUUUCCUCUUCGUCGCAUUCAUCGAAAUUCACAGUUGAACUAUGGCUGAUUUAGAUGAUUGGCUUCUGGAGGCUGCUGGGGUAAACAGACAUUCUCCCCCGACUAGGAGGGAUGGAGAACCUUUGGAUGGUGGGAGUGAUUCUGAUUCGGAUUCCGAUUCUGAUGAUGAGCGUGAUUAUCGGGAGAGAAAGACGGCUCAGGUUCCUCUAAAGAAGAGAGGGAGAGAAGAUGAUAGUGAUGAUGAUGUUGAAGAUGGUCGUUCUGUGCGUGAGGGGGACAGCAGUGAUGGCUCUGAUGUUGGUGAUGAUCUUUAUAAGGAUGAGGAUGAUAGACAGAAACUUUCUGAGAUGACUGAACUUCAAAGAGAGAUGAUUUUGUCGGAAAGGGCUAAUAAGAAAGAUGAUAAGGAUUUUUUGGGUAAGAUGGCAUUGAAGCGCGAGAAGGGGAAAAUGGCAACUGUAUCUAGAAGAGAGUCUCCGCCUCUUCCGUCUUCUCGUGUGCGGUCGUCUGCUAGAUCUGCUGAUAGGUCAGCUGCGAAGGACGGUGCGUUAAAUGAACUGCGUGCUAAAAGGUUGAAACAGCAAGAUUCAGAUGUGAAACAUAAGGUGAAAGAGGGGUCUAAAAGUGCGGGAACGGGGAUUUAUUCGCAGAAAAGGAGACCUUACUUCAGUGGUUCAAGCCGUAGCGGAAGUGAGAGUAGGUCCCAUAGUGAUGAUGAAGAUUCGGAUGGAGAUGGAGGGAUUAUUGACAGCGAUGAUGAUGAUAAGAUAACUUCUGAAAAGCCUUCUUUUGAAGACAUACAGGAAAUCACCAUUCGAAGGUCAAAACUUGCAAAAUGGUUAAUGGAACCAUUUUUCGAGGAGUUAAUUGUAGGUUGUUUGGUAAGGGUUGGUAUUGGUAGGUCAAAGAAUGGACCUAUCUACAGACUCUGCGUUGUGAAAAAUGUGGAUGCAUCAGAUCCAGACCGGGUGUAUAAAUUAGAUAACAAAACCACUUACAAGUACUUGAAUAUUGUAUGGGGAAAUGAUUCUUCUGCUGCUAGGUGGCAAAUGGCUAUGAUUAGCGAUUCUCCCCCUCUUGAGGAGGAGUUUAAACAGUGGGUUAAGGAAGUAGAGCGUAGUGGUGGCCGGAUGCUGACAAAGCUAGAUGUGUCUGAAAAAAAGCAAGCCAUUCAGAAGAUCAAUAGUUUUGUUUACUCAGCAGCUACUGUGAAGCAGAUGUUAGAAGAAAAAAAAUCUACCUCGUGGAGGCCUUCAAAUGUCGCAGCCGAGAAGGACCGGUUGAGAACAGAGUUGGAAAUAGCACAAAGCAAGAAUGAUGCAGCCGGAGCAGAGAAGAUCAGGACAAGACUACAAGAAUUGGAAGAUUCACGGAAAGCUGAGGAGAAGGAUGCCAAGGCUUUGAGGCUUUCUGAGAUGAACAGAAAGAACAGGUUUGAGAACUUCAAAAAUGCAUCUGAAUUGAGGCCAGUAAAUAAAGCUUUGAAAGCAGGGGAGGCAGGUUAUGAUCCCUUUUCAAGGAGAUGGACUAGAUCAAGAAACUACUAUAAUUCAAAACAGGUUGAAGAGGCUGCAGCUGGAAAUAAUAGUUCUGGUGAUGCAGUUGGUGAUAGAGGCAGCAAUGGGACGGGAGCAGGCAUGGUGGCCACUGCUGAAGCUUUGGAAGCUGCUGCUGAUGCUGGAAAAUUAAUCGACACAAGGGCUCCAGUGGACCAAGGGACGGAGUCAAAUGUACUGCACAAUUUUGAGCUGCCAAUAUCAUUAGCCAUACUACAAAAGUUUGGUGGAGCACAAGGAGUUCAGGCAGGGUUUAUGGCAAAAAAACAGAGGAUUGAAGGAAUUGUUGGAUUUCGAGUCCCAGAAAACGAUGGAAGGAGUCAUCAGUUGACAUUAACAGUUAGUGAUUACAAAAGAAGAAGAGGGAUUUUUUGAAAUUUGUUGAAGUGACAAUUUUUCUUUAGGUUCACUCUUUUCAAGGCAAAAGUUGGUUUGUAUUUUCUGCAGGUUUUGAAACUGAUCAUAGAGUUUUCAAUCUGUGACAAACUCUUAGGAUUCAAGUAUAGAUUUGUAGUUUGCUAAAAGAGCAUGACUAGACAACCCUAUUACCAUGGACAACAUCAAAGUUUUGCUGCAAAAAUAAUUUUA